AUGCUAACUUUCACACUUGAACUUAGCAUUAGUUUUCUGGAGUCUUUGUGUCAAGUAUGUGUAUUGGCGUCUGGGUGUGUCACUAUGUUUUAUAUUAGUGUUGUACCUUCACGCUUGAACUUAGCGUUAGUUUUAUGGAGUCUUUGUGUCAAGUAUGUGUAUUGGCGUCUGGGUGUGUCGCUAUGUUUUAUAUUAGUGUUGUACCUUGCGUCUGUCUGGCGUUGUGACUUAGCGUCUGGGGUUGCUUUCAGCGCCUGGAAGUCUCUGUGUAUUAUCUUUGUAUUUGUACUCUGGGGGACUUUCAUGCGGUGCAUGCCACUUGCAACUGUUUCUCAUUCAAUUGACAUUGUCGCGAUAUAA